GCGGCUGCUCGUCUCCACGGGAGCAGGGAGGGGCCGGAGCCGAGGCCGGGACGGGAGGAGGUGACAGCCUCCCCGGCCUGGGUGCGGAGGAUCCUCAGGGGUGGAGAACACCGAUUCAAGACUGGCUUGGCGUGGUGGUUUGGGCUCUGGCCCCUCCUGGCUCUAUGACCUUGGGCAAGUGCUGUGAGUGGCUGAGAUGCUGUGGCGGAGGGGAGCCCAGGCCCCGCACUGUGUGGUUGGGGCAUCCCGAGAAGAGGGACCAGAGGUACCCUCGAAAUGUCAUCAACAACCAGAAGUACAACUUCUUCACCUUUCUUCCUGGGGUGCUGUUCAACCAGUUCAAGUAUUUUUUCAACCUCUAUUUCUUACUUCUUGCCUGCUCUCAGUUUGUUCCUGAAAUGAGACUUGGUGCGCUAUAUACCUACUGGGUCCCGCUGGGCUUCGUGCUGGCCGUCACUGUCAUCCGAGAGGCUGUCGAGGAGAUCCGAUGCUACGUGCGCGACAGAGAAGUCAACUGCCAGGUCUACAGCCGGCUCACGGCCAGAGGGACAGUGAAGGUGAAGAGCUCCAAUAUCCAGGUUGGAGAUCUUAUCAUCGUUGAAAAGAACCAGCGGGUCCCUGCUGACAUGAUCUUCCUGAGGACAUCAGAAAAAAACGGGUCGUGCUUCCUGCGGACGGAUCAGCUGGAUGGUGAGACGGACUGGAAGCUUCGGCUCCCCGUGGGCUGCGCGCAGAGGCUCCCCGCCGCGGCCGACCUUCUUCAGAUUCGAUCAUACGUUUACGCGGAAGAACCAAAUAUCGACAUUCACAACUUCGUGGGCACUUUUACCAGAGAGGACAGCGACCCUCCGAUCAGCGAGAGCUUGAGCAUAGAGAACACGCUGUGGGCCGGCACGGUCAUCGCGUCGGGCACUGUUGUGGGUGUUGUUCUUUACACUGGCAGAGAACUCCGGAGUGUCAUGAAUACCUCAAAUCCUCGAAGUAAGAUCGGCCUGUUUGACCUGGAAGUGAACUGCCUCACCAAGAUCCUCUUCGGCGCCUUGGUGGUGGUGUCGCUGGUGAUGGUUGCCCUUCAGCACUUCGCUGGCCGCUGGUACCUGCAGAUCAUCCGCUUCCUCCUCUUGUUCUCCAACAUCAUUCCCAUCAGCCUGCGUGUGAACCUGGACAUGGGCAAGAUCGUGUAUAGCUGGGUGAUUCGGAGGGACUCGAAAAUCCCCGGCACUGUGGUUCGCUCCAGCACCAUCCCCGAGCAGCUGGGGAGGAUUUCCUACCUGCUCACAGACAAGACAGGAACCCUUACCCAGAAUGAGAUGGUUUUCAAACGGCUGCAUCUGGGCACCGUGGCCUACGGCCUCGACUCCAUGGACGAAGUACAGAGCCACAUAUUCAGUAUCUACACCCAGCAAGCCCAGGACCCGCCUGCUCAGAAGGGCCCCACGCUCACCACCAAGGUGCGGCGGACCAUGAGCAGCCGCGUGCACGAGGCCGUGAAGGCUAUCGCCCUGUGCCACAACGUGACCCCCGUGUACGAGUCCAACGGCGUGACCGACCAGGCCGAGGCUGAGAAGCACUACGAGGACUCCUGCCGCGUGUACCAGGCGUCCAGCCCGGACGAGGUGGCCCUGGUACAGUGGACCGAAAGUGUGGGGCUGACCCUGGUGGGCCGGGACCAGUCUUCCAUGCAGCUGAGGACCCCUGGCGACCAGAUCCUGAACUUCACCAUCUUACAGAUCUUCCCUUUCACCUAUGAAAGCAAGCGCAUGGGCAUCAUCGUGCGGGAUGAAUCGACGGGAGAGAUCACGUUCUACAUGAAGGGGGCGGACGUUGUCAUGGCCGGCAUCGUGCAGUACAACGACUGGCUGGAGGAAGAGUGUGGAAACAUGGCCCGAGAAGGACUGCGGGUUCUUGUGGUGGCGAAGAAAUCUUUAGCAGAGGAGCAGUAUCAAGACUUUGAAGCCCGCUACGUCCAGGCCAAGCUGAGCGUGCACGACCGCUCCCUCAAAGUGGCCACCGUGAUCGAGAGCCUGGAGAUGGAGAUGGAGCUUCUGUGUCUCACGGGGGUGGAGGACCAGCUGCAGGCGGACGUGAGGCCCACCCUGGAGACCCUGCGGAACGCGGGCAUCAAGGUUUGGAUGCUGACAGGGGACAAGCUGGAGACAGCCACGUGCACGGCGAAGAAUGCACAUCUGGUGACCAGAAAUCAGGACAUCCACGUUUUCCGGCUGGUGAGCAACCGCAGCGAGGCCCACCUCGAGCUGAAUGCCUUCCGCAGGAAGCACGACUGUGCCCUGGUCAUCUCCGGGGACUCCCUGGAGAUUUGCCUCAAGUUCUACGAGUACGAGUUCAUGGAGCUGGCCUGCCAGUGCCCGGCUGUCGUGUGCUGCCGCUGCACCCCCACCCAGAAGGCGCAGAUCGUGCGCCUGCUCCAGGAACGCACCGGGAAGCUCACCUGUGCAGUGGGUGAUGGAGGCAAUGACGUCAGUAUGAUUCAGGAAUCGGACUGCGGCGUGGGGGUUGAGGGGAAGGAAGGAAAACAGGCUUCCCUCGCUGCCGACUUCUCUGUCACCCAGUUCAAGCAUCUUGGCCGGUUGCUCAUGGUGCAUGGUCGGAACAGCUACAAGCGGUCGGCUGCCCUCAGCCAGUUCGUGAUCCACAGAAGCCUCUGCAUCAGCACCAUGCAGGCUGUCUUUUCCUCCGUGUUUUACUUCGCAUCCGUUCCGCUCUAUCAAGGAUUCCUCAUCAUUGGGUACUCCACCAUUUACACCAUGUUUCCCGUAUUUUCUCUGGUCCUGGACAAAGACGUCAAGUCAGAAGUUGCCAUGCUGUAUCCUGAGCUCUACAAGGAUCUUCUCAAGGGACGACCAUUGUCCUACAAGACCUUCUUGACGUGGGUUUUGAUUAGCAUCUACCAAGGGAGCACCAUCAUGUAUGGGGCCCUGCUGCUGUUCGAGUCCGAGUUCGUGCACAUCGUGGCGAUCUCCUUCACGUCGCUGAUCCUCACGGAGCUGCUCAUGGUGGCCCUGACCAUCCAGACGUGGCACUGGCUCAUGACCGUGGCCGAGCUGCUCAGCCUGGCCUGCUACAUCGCCUCCCUGGUGUUCCUCCACGAGUUCAUCGAUGUGUACUUCAUCGCCACUUUGUCGUUCUUGUGGAAGGUGUCCGUCAUCACUCUGGUCAGCUGCCUCCCCCUGUACGUUCUCAAGUACCUGCGAAGACGGUUCUCCCCGCCCAGCUACUCGAAGCUCACGUCAUAGGUGUGCGCGGGCCGAGGGCGCCACGGCCUCCGCGCCCUCCCGGUGGACCGAGCUCAAGCUGCGUUUUUAUUAACCGCCACCCGUGGACCUUGCAGUAAUGGCUGACACGUGCCGUCGGGACGCGAAGCGGCUGAACGUGCAGAGCCCUGAGGCUGGACACGCGGGGGAGGCUCCCGGGACGCGCCGCCGGCUGCUCGAGCCCCUGGGGACUCCGCCUCGAGUGAAUGUACAUACGUGAAAGCCGGUGGCUCAGCUGACAGGUUUAUACGUGGGUCACUGUGCGAGCCUCCGGCGGCUUGGAUGUUGGUGUCGUGUGAUAAAAGUUCCUCUCCGGUUGCAGAUCGUA